AUGUCUUUUUCAUUUCUAUAUAGAAGACCUCUAUUAAACACAAUUUCAAUAACAAGAACAGCACUACCCAGACUCUAUUCCACCUCUUCUUCACAACAUAUACCAAUCUCUAAAAGAAUUAAAAAUGGAGUAACUUUUGCCAUGUCUGGCACUUUAAUCGUUGGCGCUGUCGGACUAUCAACAAUGGUGAUUUAUCUAAUUGGGUCCGAAUUGUUUUCUCCUGAUGCAGAUACUGCAUUAUUCAAUAGAGCUGUGUCCUUAUGUGAAAAUGAUCCAAUAGUACACAAAUUGCUUCACUCUAAGACCAUUAACAUUAAAAAUAAAAGUAACAACAACAAAAAUGUCGGUGGUGAUACAGAAUUGGAAUUUGAAAAAUUGAAGGCCUUUGGUGAGCUGGCUACUAGUGAUAAAUGGACAAGAAAUAGACCUCUUGUAUUUCAGCGUGCUAAAGAUAUAAAUGGAAACCUGCAUUGUAAGUUAAGGUUCCAUUUACAAUCAACUGAAAAGAUUGGAUUGGUUCAUGCUGAAGCUGUGCAAUAUAAUCACCCAGUGACAACAGAUGAUAAAAAUGAGGAUAAGAAAUGGUAUAUGCGUUGGAAAUAUAAUAAACCUAUCUUUACCAUGAUGUAUAUUGACGUCAAGGGUGAAGGCCGCCAUUUCAUAAUUAAACCAAAGAUCCAAUCGUCAAGUUCCUCUUCAAGCAAUGGCAAGAAUUCCAAAUCUUUGCCUUUCUUGUCAUGGUUAGGUCUAACAAGAUAG